GAAAGUGAAAGACUGAAAUGUGAAAACGCGUCCGUAUAAAGCCUAAACGCUGACACAUCCAGUCGACCGAGUCAUACUGCGCUACGACAUACUCGCUCUGUAUCGCUUAAUUAUCUUAAGUUUAUAAAGCAUACGACUGCUUUUCACAAUGAUACAUACGGGAAGGCCAAACCGCCCCCCAGCGGGCGGUUUUUCGUUUGAGAACACGCGGAGAAACGCUGUCCUGGAAAGCAACCUGUCGGAGGUGGGAUACAGCGCUCCCAAAGCCAGGAAAACAGGCACCACUAUCGCUGGAAUAAUUUUUAAGGAUGGAGUAAUACUGGGAGCAGACACAAGAGCCACAGAUGACAUGGUGGUGGCGGACAAAAACUGCAUGAAGAUCCACUACAUCGCCCCCAACAUAUACUGCUGUGGAGCAGGCGUGGCCGCAGACGCUGAGGUCACCACUCAGAUGAUGUCAUCCAACGUGGAGCUGCACGCGCUCAGUACGGGGCGUCCGCCACUGGUAGUCACGGUGACCCGGCAACUAAAGCAGAUGCUGUUCAGAUAUCAGGGCCAGAUUGGCUGCUCUGUCAUUGUGGGCGGUGUGGAUGAAGCGGGUUUCCACCUCUACAGCGUCUACCCACACGGCUCCACCGACAAACUACCCUUCCUCACCAUGGGUUCUGGAGCAGCCUCAGCCAUCGCUGUGUUCGAGGAUCGCUACAAACCGGACAUGGAGCUGGAGGAGGGGAAGCUCCUGGUGCGGGACGCCAUCGCUGCGGGGAUCUUCUGUGACCUGGGCUCUGGCAGCAACGUGGACCUGUGUGUGAUCACGCGCGGGGGGGCGCAGUACCUCAGGGCCUUUGACCAGCCCGUGCAGAAGGGGAGCAGGCAGGGACAGUAUAAGUACAAGCCAGGAACCACAGCUGUACUCUCAGAGAAGGUCACCCCUCUGUCCGUGGACGUUGUGGAGGAGUCUGUUCAGCUGAUGGAAACUCUGUGAUGGAGAUGGAGAGCUGCACCGCCCCCUGCUGGCGAAACUACAGAACAGCAACUCGGGGAGAAGGCGGGCGAACAGCCACUCAAACACACACAAACAAGGCUGUGUCCAAAAUCGCUCACUAUUCACUCAAUAGUAAACUAGAUUCGUCGAUGCAUAACUUGUUCUAGUGUCCGAAUUAAAGAAUACAAUUUUUAUUACAUUUUGAGGGCACUAGAAAUAUCCCACAAUGCACCGUAAAAUCUAGUGAACAACCGUGGUCACUAGAAAGGUGGAUACGAACUCUUAUGCUUUGCGACCAACAUUGUCCCUAACUUAAUUAUACAAUCACCUUUUUUCUAUUUUCAUUUUAAGCUGUGAGAGACGAUGGCGCCGACCGGGAGCAAUUCAAAUUUAAGAACAGCUCUUCUGGGUUACCCUAAUAUAAACUAAUAUACUGUAUUCGUUUUUCAAUAAUCCAAAACCCUGUUAGUGCAGUAAGUGUUAUCUAGGUAAAACGCUAUAACGGCUAUUGGCCUGUGGUUUGUGCCUAUAUGCAGCAGCGCGUAGCAGUGAUGGCGCUGAUCCAUUCUAAAAUAUUACACAGCUUAUUUAGUAAACUAUAUAGCGCACUACAUGGACAUUCACUAGAUAGGGAUGAGGGAAUAGUGAGCCAUUUCAGACACAUCCCGAGUAACAGAAUCUGAUGCAAACGGACACACGUUACAGACACACAAGCAUAGGCAAGAAUGACCAUGCACGCACAAGUACACGUACCCGCAGCUAAGAGAAGCGCGCUUUGUUUUUGCUUUCUUUUCAGUUUGAAUUAAAUACAUUGAAUUAAAUACGAA